GGCGCGACGCCACCGACCGAUCGAUCGAUCGGGCUCGGGCAGGAGCACAAGCAUCACACGCCCCUCACGGCCGCACCCACCCCGGGCAGACUCCGCCUCGCCUCCCUCUCGAGCCAGCCUCUGCCUCUCCCUCCGUCGACCCGCCCGCCCGCCCGAUGUCGUCGACGCGCCGCCGCCCGCUGCCACCGCCGCCGGCGUGGACGCCCGAGCCGUGGAGCGACGGGGAGACGUCGGCGCUGCUCGACGCCUGGGGCCCGCGCCACCUCCGCGCCCGCGGCGGCGCGCUCCGCCCCGCCGACUGGCGGGCCUGCGCCGCCGCCGUCACCUCCCGCCGCGCCGCCGACGGCCGCGCGCCGCGCACCGUCGACCAGUGCAAGAACCGCGUCGACUACCUCAAGAAGCGCCUCAGGGCCGAGCGCGCCAGGCCCAAGGGGGGCCCGCCGCCGCCGCCGCCGGUGUCCGGGUGGCUCGACCGCCUCCGCGCGCUGCUGCACCUCGCGCCCUCCGCUCCUCCCGGGUUCGCGCACCGUCCCGCCGGCGCCACGACGACGGCGAAGGUCAAGGAGGAGGACGAGAACGACGACGACCACCACCACCAGAAGGCGAGCGGCGGGGCUCCUCUGCCCCGCGACUGGCCGCCGGUGCCGAAGCGCCCGAGGACGGCGGUGUCGCUGUCGCCGUUGAGCGCCGCCUCGGGGGAGCACCCCGAAGGCGGCGGGAGGAGCUGCGUGGGCCCGGAAGUGGCGGCGGCUCUGGACAGGCUUGCCGGGACGUACGAGCGGGUGGAGGCGGCGAAGCAGAGGGAAGCCACGCGGUUGGAGGAGCGCCGCCUCGAGGCGAUGCGCGAUCUCGAGAUCGAGCGUAUGCGCCUCCUCGUCGACGUCGCCGUCACCUCCUCCGUCGGUGUCGACGGCGCCGCCGCCGCCGCAACGGCCGGCGGCGACUUCUAGUUGAAGAGAAGCUAGGAUAAUAGGCUGGCCAAGGUAAGCACAACCCAGCAGAUUCCAGCCUAUUUUUUCUGCCAAAGAGCCGAUCGCAUCAUGGAGAUAGGAGGCACUUGAUGUGAUGCCCUUAUGGAAAGUUAAAUCGGUUUAGGUUACAUGACAAGCUUAGCCAGAUAUAGGAUAGCACAUGGUGAGAUUUUUUAGUUCACUGAUUAUUGCAGGUUUGCAUCAACUGAGAAAAGAGGGAGAGAGGCUUAAUAGCCUGAAAAGUAUCUGUGUUAUUGUUAGCGAUUCAGGCUUCACUUUGGUAAACUGCUAGUACUGUAAUCCCUCUUGGUUUAACAGCUGCCCGGCUGCUCAGUUGCGGAAUCAUCCAGUACAUAUGUAUCUUUGGGGUACUUUAUCUGAUGCUAGCUAGUAUGCUACUCCUACUUCCUAUGUCUAUGGAAUCAUGGUCCUCGGUCUUUAUUCA